CCAGACAGAUUAGUAACGGAGGCUGGCUUGCUUACUGCAUCGCUUGUGUAACAGUCGGGUGUGCUUGUUAAUCGCUAUUCUGUACUUCUGCGAUAUUCAUAACUUUAAGGAUCGUAUAGUUGUGAUGUGAGAAGCGCCUCCGGUGAGAGAUAGGGGUAAAAGGGGGCGGGGCAGCUUUAUCACGUGAUGCUAAUCAUCACGCUAUCAAAACCAACGUUGACGCUCCCGACAUCAUCACGGAUACGAUGUGCAACAAAACUUCCCUCCCUCUCGUGCCACAUGAUGCUAAUCUCACUGCCAUCAAAACAAAUGUUCAACACUCCCAGGACAGGCGCCAAUGCGAUGUGCAACAAAACUUCUCUCCCCUGCCAGCCAGUAUCACGUGACAAACGAUACAGAGGGGGCUUUUGUAUUCUGGGUCACCAUCUCCAGUGGCAACCCAGACUCUCAAUACUGUAUGGGUAUCUUUUAUUUCAUCCCUCGAAUGACGUCCUUUAUGCUCAAGUAUAGCGAUCACUCA